UCUUAAAGAUUAAACAUUUUCUUCUUCCAUACACCUCAAUUAAUUCCAUGGCUUCUCAGGCAAUUGAAAGCCACAGGGAGGGCGCUGAGGUCUUCAAGGGAGAUGAAAUCUGCAGGAAGAAGUCCAUUGAAUUGCUCGAAGAGCUCUGCCUUCCAAAGGGUCUGUUUCCCUUGGAGGACAUUGAGGAAUUCGGCUAUAACCGUACUUCUGGUUUCAUCUGGCUGAUUCAGAAGAAGAAGAAGGAUCAUGUCUUCAAGCAGAUUAAGAGAGCCGUGUCUUAUGCUCCGGAAGUGACUGCCUUUGUUGAGAAGUAUAAGCUAAAGAAGAUGACUGGCGUUAAGACGAAGGAGCUCUUGCUAUGGCUGUCUGUUGUUGAAGUCUAUCUGGAGACUCCCACAUCUGAGAAACUCACCUUCAAGACUGGAACGGGACUCUCUGAUAGCUUUGUUGCAUCAGCUUUUGAGCUGUAAAGCUAUCAGGAUAAAGAGAAGACUGCCAUUACUGUAUCACAUAUGAGUUCUGUUUUUACAGUCAUUUAUCGCUACUUGUUACUUUUCAAGAGAUGUAUUGUACCAGAUUUAAUAUGAUUGUAGUUAUUUGCUUCUAA